AUGCCUUUUGUCUAUAGAAACAGUGCCACCUCCGUCGAAACUGAUGAUAAAAAGGACAAACAUGUGAAUACGACCACUGCAGCUACAACCACAACAACGACCGCAGCUACCACUGCUAUGCCAGUGACAACUACCGGUGUUGUUACUACUACAGCGUCAAAAUUAACGACGUUAGUUCCAUUACCCGAUGGAUCUUCUUCGUCCGGACUAAUCUUCCUGUCAAUGGUCCUAUUUAUAGUAGCGGUAGCAGUUAUUGCGAAGAUUAUCUACAGUAACAGGAAGAGAUCGCGAAGUGACCUAAUUGGCGGUACUGCCCGUUGGAGAUUAGCUGCAUCACAGCAAAGUGGAACAGGACCUCAACAGACCGCUGCCAGUUAUGCUCCCAUGGAUGGGAACGAGGCCAGCGAAUGGCACGAAAAAAAAAACCGGGGGGGGGGGGGACUAGAUACCCCAGGUCCUGAUAGGCUUGACUGGGAACGCCAAUUCUUUGAUGACACGGAGGCCACGCGCUUGAGCGUUAAUGUGAACGGUUAUGAAAAGAAAGCUGAUCUUUUAAUUAAGUUUUCGAUGGUUGUGAAAUUAUCCUCCAAAUACUUUAUCAUUAAGCGUAGUAACGCCAAUUGUGUUGUAAUUGUGUUCGUGUUGAAGGAACUCGGGUAUCACACGAAAGAAUCAUUCCUAUUGGCAGACGAACAGCAGUGGAAAAUAGCAGCUAGAAGUAGAUCAAAUCAGACAUUGAUGGUUGGGUCCCUUCUCGCCUACAGCUGGAUCUCAGCCGCACCUGAGCUUUCAGCGAUGAAUGCUGUCGGCGGCACGGCAAUGUAUGGAUUACAUCAACUAUUCUCUGAAUCAUUCCUAUUGGCAGACGAACAGCAGUGGAAAAUAGCAGCUAGAAGUAGAUCAAAUCAGACAUUGAUGGUUGGGUAA